GAUCCCUCCUGCGGAUGGCCCCUCCCCCUCCGUCUCGGUUCAGCGGAAAGUCCGCGGAGAGGCCUAGCGAAGGCGGGCUCACCGAGCGACGGAGUUACGAAUACGACGGUAGCGGUAACGGCGGUCGCAUGGCAGCGUUUAAAGCCAUUGACGAACGGUCUGAAGGAAGCUUCAAGGAAGGAAGCGCCAAGGACCGGUUUAGGAGCGCGAAGAGCGUUAAGCGGGGAGCUUCGCCAGCUAGACCCCGGCAGGUGGAUGGGAUAAUGCAUGAGUAUCAGAUGCAGAACGCUGCUGCGCGCCGAGCCGAGGCUUCUAACCACAGCAAGAAGGGAAUCGGCGGCACCGUGCUGUUCCUGAUGUUGCUCGUCUGCACGGCAGCAGUAGGCUGGGGAGGCUAUCAGUACAAGCAAGCCCUCUCUCUCGAGCUCCGGCUCUCAGAACUGCAGCGCAAACACACGCGCCUUGCUUCCAAACUGUCAGAUGACGUUCCUGCUAGCGUCAGCAGGAUCUUCCCCAGCAGCAGCAGCAGCAGCAGCAGCAGCAGAUGCGAAGUAGAAGGAGAAGAUGGGGCAGUGGAAGGUACCUGCUCCCCCUUCCCCACAGAAAGGUCUGAAGGAGACAGCGCCGGGUGGAGAGAGGGGAGCGGGAGCGAGGAGGAGAGCGAUCGCGAGCGUAGAAGCUCAAAGGAGAAGGCAAAGGAGAAAUCCAAGGAGAAGAAGGAGGAGGAGGAAGAGGAGGAAGAGGUGAAGGAGGACCAGGAGCUGUUCUGGCGCAGGGUGGCGCUCCUAGCAUCCAUUCUCUGCCUGGUCCUCCCCAUCUUCAUCAUCCGCAACAUCGAUGAAGUGGCACAGCUCUUUGGAAGGCGCCCCAAGGCGACAGACGGCCAUACGACCGCCGCUGCCUCUUCCUCCUCCUCGUCAUCCACCUCUGCUGCGGCGGCGGCUGCUGCUGCUGCUGGUGCGGCUCCUUCAGCGGCGCCUGGGGCGGACGAGGAGGUGUCGAUGAGCAAGCGGCUGGCCUCAGCUGCGCUUGCACCUGGAGCAGACGAGGAGGUGUCGAUGAGCAAGAGGCUGGCGUAUAAGGCCGAUGUGCUCUUCUCCAUGCACUCCUGGGUCAAGGGCGCUGCUCUCCUCGCCGCCACUCUCCUCCUGUACGUACACCUUAACCCCCCAGCCUCCGCUCCUCUACCACCCCGCCUCCUCUCUACCCUUGUGCCGCUGGAGCGGACGAGGAGCUGCCCUUGUGCGGCUGGAGCAGAGGAGGAGGUGUCGAUGAGCAAGAGGCUGGCGUAUAAGGCCGAUGUGCUCUUCUCCAUGCACUCUAUCGCCCUGGGAGGCCUUGCUCUGUACGCCGUUGGAUCGAAAGACCGAAUGGAUCUGGGCGACGCCACGUGGCGGGCGUGGUCCUACGUGGCAGACGCAGGCAACCACGCGGAUAGCGAGGGCGUGGGGCCGCGGAUCGUGGGCGUGAGCAUCAGCAUUGGCGGGAUGCUGAUAUUCGCGCUGAUGGUGGGGUUGGUGUCGGAGGGCAUCUCGGAGAAGGUGGACUCGCUGAAGAAAGGCAAGAGCGACGUGAUUGAGAAGAACCACACGCUCAUCCUCGGCUGGAGUGACAAGCUGGUGGGUCGCAUCGCUGCUGAAGCAACUGGCAGUGGCGAACGAGAGCAUGGGAGGGGGCGUGGUGUGGUGGAGAUGAUGAUACCGCCUCUGGGCCUAUGCAUCGCUGCUGAAGCAACUGGCAGUGGCGAACGAGAGCAUGGGAGGGGGCGUGGUGUGGUGGAGAUGAUGAUACCGCCUCUGGGCCUAUGCAUCGCUGCUGAAGCAACUGGCAGUGGCGAACGAGAGCAUGGGAGGGGGCGUGGUGUGGUGGAGAUGAUGAUACCGCCUCUGGGCCUAUGCAUCGCUGCUGAAGCAACUGGCAGUGGCGAACGAGAGCAUGGGAGGGGGCGUGGUGUGGUGGAGAUGAUGAUACCGCCUCUGGGCCUAUGCAUCGCUGCUGAAGCAACUGGCAGUGGCGAACGAGAGCAUGGGAGGGGGCGUGGUGUGGUGGAGAUGAUGAUACCGCCUCUGGGCCUAUGUUCUUGUGUUAAUCGUGUCUUCUCCCUCCCUUUGCCCCUGCUGCCCAUCACCCAUCAGGCAUCGCUGCUGAAGCAACUGGCAGUGGCGAACGAGAGCAUGGGAGGCGGCGUGGUGAUGGCCUCGCUGCUGAAGCAGCUGGCAGUGGCGAAUGAGAGCAUGGGAGGGGGUGUGGUGGUGGUGAUGAGUGAGCGGGAGAAGGAGGAGAUGGAGAGCGAGAUUCAGAAGAUGGAGUUCAACUUCCGAGGGACCACUGCAGAGAACGCGGAUGCUGCAGACGCCAGGGCACUCAGGGUGGUGCUGAGCCUCUGUUCUGCUCUCCCUCUCCCUCUCCCUCUCCUUUCUCUCUCCCCACCCCCCCUUCCCUCCGCUCCUCUCCGCUCGCCCCUGGUGUUGGCUGACCUGAAAAAAGUCUCUGUCUCGACUGCUCGGGCGCUGAUAGUUCUGGCAGAGGCGGAAAACGCGGAUGCUGCAGACGCCAGGGCGCUCAGGGUGGUGCUGAGCCUGAUGGGCGUGCGGGAGGGGCUGCGUCUGACUCAAUUCUUCCUUCUAAUCGUUGGCUUUCGUCUCCCUUUCUCCUUUCCCUCGCCCCAUGCUCUCCCCCCUCCCCAUGCUGCUGCAGCUCCGGCUCGCCCCUGGUGUUGGCUGAUCUCAAGAAGUUCCGGCUCGCCCCUGGUACUGGCUGAUCUCAAGAAGGUCUCUGUGUCGACUGCUCGAGCUCUAAUCGUGCUUGCGGAAGCAGAGAACGCGGAUGCUGCAGACGCCAGGGCGCUCAGGGUGGUGCUGAGCCUGACGGGCGUGCGGGAGGGGCUUCGAGGGCACAUUGUGGUGGAGCUGAGCGAUAUUGACAACCAGCAGCUCGUCAAGAUGGUGGGGGGACGGAUGGUGGAAACGGUGGUGGCGCACGACGUGAUCGGGCGCCUCAUGAUUCAGUGCGCCCGCCAGCCCGGCCUGGCCCAGAUCUGGGAGACCCUCCUCGGCUUCGAGAACUGCGAGUUCUACACCAAGCACUGGCCCGAGCUCGUCGGGAAAACCUUUCGGGAGGUCCUGCUGUCCUUUCCUGAUGCGGUGCCGUGCGGUUUGAGGGUUUCUGCAAGGACGUAUUAUGAGAAGAGUACGGAGGCGGUGGGGUUUGAGUUUGCUGGUGGGAGCAGUGUUGGGAGUGAGGAUGAGGAGGAGGAAGGGGAGGAGGGGGAGGGAGGAGGGGAGGGCGAGGGGAAGAGGGUGCAUAAGGAGCAUACCCGGCUGUGGCUCAACCCGGACGAUGACUACGUGCUCCAGCCUGAGGACUCUGUGCUUGUGAUUGCAGAGGAUGACGACUCCUAUGCCCCCGGCCCGCUGCCCGUGGUGCAAGACGCCCCGCUGCCCGACAUUGAAACCCCGCCGAAGCUGCCCGAAAAAAUCCUGUUCUGCGGCUGGCGGCGCGAUAUCGACGACAUGAUCACGGUGCUAGAGGCGUUUUUAGCCCGGGGCUCAGAGCUGUGGAUCUUCUCGGACGUGCCCGUGGAGGAGAGGGAGGCGCGCCUCAUAGAGGGCGGGCUGAACCCCAGCGAGCUGGAGAACGUGAUGCUCGUGCACCGCAUGGGGAAUGCCGUUAUUCGGCGCCAUCUGGAGUUUCUUCCCCUCGAAACCUUCGACUCGAUCCUCAUUCUAGCGGACGAGGGGCUGGAGGACUCGAUUAUCAACUGCGACUCGCGCUCCCUCGCCACGCUGCUGCUCAUCAGAGACAUCCAGUCCAAGCGCAUGCCGGCGGGCAGCAAGGGCCACCGGCGCAGCAACUCGAGCAUAACCUACCCGCGCCCCACGUCCACGUCCUCGUGGGUGGGGCAGAUGCAGCAGGCGUCGCAGCAGUCCAUCGUCAUCUCGGAGAUCCUCGACUCGCGCACGCGCUCCCUCGUCUCCGUCUCCAAGAUCAGUGAUUACGUGCUCAGUAACGAGCUGGUGUCCAUGGCUCUAGCAAUGGUGGCGGAGGACAGGGAGGUCAACCGCGUUUUGGAGGAGCUAUUUUCAGAAGAGGGCAACGAGAUGUACAUCCGGCCGGCAGAGCACUACCUGACGGACGGGGAGGAGCUGUCCUUCUUCCCUCUGCACCCAUUUACACCCCUUUGCACCCCUCUGCACCCAUCCGUGCCACUCCCUCCACGGCAACGAGAUGGCAACAAGAUAUAUAUCCACCCAGCGGAGCUCUACCUGGCGGACGGGGAGGAGCUGUCCUUCUUUGAAAUGGCGGGCAACGAGAUGUAUAUUCGCCCAGCGGAGCUGUAUCUCACAGACGGGGAGGAGCUCUCGUUUUUCGAAGUCGCAGUGCGGGCCCGCCAGCACAUGGAGAUCAUCAUUUCAUCGGCUACUGGCUCUUCACUGAGCUCCCUCUGCACCCCUCUGCACCCAUCCAUUCCCCUUCUCUCUUCCUUUCAGGGCAACGAGAUGUAUAUCCGCCCAGCCGAGCUCUACCUGACAGAUGGCGAGGAGCUCUCGUUUUUCGAAGUGGCGGUGAGAGCACGCCAGCGCAUGGAGAUCAUUAUUGGAUACCGGCUCUUCACAGAGGACGAAGCAGUUCUGAACCCGCCUGACAAGGCUGAAAGGCGCACCUGGUCGAUUCAAGACACCUUCAUCGUUCUCUCGUUCAACGAGUAG